AUGGAGGUUGAUAUUUUCUUCAAGCUCCCAGAUGAACGGGAGUUUAUGCUGAAGGUUUUGAACAGUUUGACCAUAGGAGAGCUCAUAACCAUCGUCAAAAAUAAGACCGAACAUUAUGAUAUUAUUCUUACAUGUGCGGGAGCUCCAUUGCCACCUGGGAAAAGCCUCGAGGAGUUGGAUAUUCGUUCUGGAUAUGUCUUUGGCAUUGAGUCUGAUUGGGAAUCACGGGUGAAAGCCAUUGAAGAAAAGGCCAAGGGACUUGCCAAAUCCUCGACGUUACCUCUCAGAUUCUUACUGCCUGCGCGAUGUUCCAUGAUACGAGGUGUUGAAACAGGGCCCAUUCAGCUUGCUGAGCACCUGCUCAAAGAAAUACAGAAGGUUCAUCUAAACGCCAGUGAUAUUAGCCAAAAAAGAGUCUUGGGAAUAUUCAGCAUCGGUGUUAGUCGUGAACUUUUCACCGUCCCAGAACGAACGUUGGAAAAUUUUCAAGACUUGCUGAAGGCUGGGUACGAUGAGAACAAUGAGCCGUACUCUAGAUUACGAAUAGAUAUUCUUAUGAUACCUGCGAUGAUACAGAUUCGGCAGAAUUCAGGCAUACCUUAUCAGUCAUCAGACUUAAUCCAAUCUAAGAAACGGAAAAGAGGUCAGAAUACCCCACGAAAAGAUCUGAAAAUGUUUUUCGAAUAUGAGCUGCAAACAGAAAUUACCGACCCAGAAACUAAUACAACUUAUGUACUCACUGGCCGCGCUGACUGGGCGGCGGGACACAGUGAACGAGGAACUUCAGACUCUGUCUUGGUCUGUGUCGAAGCCAAGAGGAGUGACAUGUUUAGCACUGUCGAGGCGCAGUUAACGGCGUAUUUGGCGAUAUGUCGCCAUGAGAGAUUGAUAGCCGAAAAGCAUGUUGUGGCUGUGCAAGGAUUCGGCAGUGAUGGUGACCGAUUUCUGUUCCAAAUUUUGACAUCGGAUAGGAUUCUCUACCAAAGCAAGAUCUACGAUACCAGGGAUAAGAAUGACCUCGAAGUUGUGUAUAACUUUAUGAUAUAUCAACUUGAGGCUGCAAUUCACCUGUCCCCAACAUGCACGCCCGUCAAAGGCUCGCAAGUGAUCAAAAAGAGAUCGGUCAAGGAGAAAGGGACGGAUCUAUACUCGAAAUUCGGCCCACUGCCCAUUAUCGACGAAGGUACAGCAACGGUGCCAGACGAUGUUGACUUCAAGGCCUAUCUGAAGAGCACCUAUGGCAGUAAAUAUUGA